AUGGGUAAUACCAGCACUUCGUCAACCUCUCCCUCAUCUUCAUCGUCGACCAUCUCAAGCUUGAACUCGUCCCAGGCGUUCGGAGGCGUCUCGCUCUUUGACCUGCCGUGGCCCUUUGUCAGUGUCUCCCACAUAAUGCAUCGCUGCAGCAGAGACCCCAGCGCCACGGGCCUGAUCGCACUGAAAACCGUAGUUCUGGUCACCGCUCUGCUCGCCAACAGCGCCCUCCUGUGGCUGCUUUACAAAUCAAGACGCAGCCUCACGCCGUCUCUGCUGCUAGCAAUGCAAAUCUGCAUCGUCGACAUGCUCUCCUGCCUCUCUCUGUGUUAUGACCUGUGCUUGUCACUGACCACCACCUCAGAAACGGGGCAUCAGGCUCUUGAUUCGCUGCGGUCGUUGAAAAUCUUUGCAUGCCCACUAUUUCUGACGCUCAUGUGUGUGGAGCGCUUAGUAGCUGCAGUGUUCCCGGUUACGUACCUGCGUCUGGGCAAAUGUAGUUACCGCCUGGCUGUGAGCGUGGCCGCCUGGCUCUCUGUCGCGCUCAUGUCCGUGUUGGCGUACUUCUUCGAGAGCUUGCAGUUCGACUUGUUCAUGGCUGCUAUGAUCGUGGUGUUCUUUCUGGUGAUGCUCUGGUGCCUGGCCGGGAUCGCCUGGGUGCUGUGCCGCGACAGACCAGGAGAGGGCGUCAGGAGCAACAGCCGCUCUGUAAAAAGCCGCAUGCUUUGGAAUAUUGUCACCGUGCUUGUGCCGUCAGUCAUGGCCUAUGCGCCCCUGCUGGUGCUGGUGGGAUAUUUGGCUCUGAUUGUUUCCAAAGGGACAGAGCUGCUCAGCACAGAGCAGUGCGGCGUCAUCUACUCCCUUUUGGCGUGUCCCAACCUCGGCCUCUACAUCGGCCCCCUGUUCUAUCGCGCUCGAAUCCAACAAGAGAGCUGCUGCAGGAGGAGAGAGCACCGCAGCUCAGAAACACAACCCAAGCCAUGGCCAAAAGAUCCACAAAGCCCCGACCCGGAGAGCUGA